AUGCCGAGAUGCGCCCAUCGGGAUCAGACACGUCAGGGGUCCAACCAUUUCGUGGGCCUGAUCAAGUGCAGAGACUGUGGGGAGGUCCUGUUCAAGCACCACUUCGCGAAGACAAGCGACCAGAUGCUCUUCCAGUGUGUGCGCUCCCGACAGUACAUCAACCGCCUGGAGACCACGGGUACGGCCCAGCCCGCGUCGCCCAUGGUAAACCAGUCGAGCUCCUCGGACAGCGAGGCCAUGACGGCGACAACGGCGCCUACGUCAAGGCCUCCACCGACCCCUCCAGGGGCUCCCAAGAAGCUGCCCGAGCGCCUGUCGGCCGAGGUGAUUCGGAAGCUCACGGACACGGAGGUGCAGCAGAUCAUCGAGAGCGAGAGGAUCAAGAUCCGCCUGGAGGAGCAGCAGCGCCUCGCGCAGGAGAUUCUCCAGAAGGGCCUCAUCGACACGCCGACGGACCAGCCGGAGGCGGACGACAGGACCAGGCCGAGCAAGAGGCAGGGCGUCGGCCAGAUGCCCAAGGGCGAGAAUGCCGAGGCCAGAGGAUCUGCCGACCCCGUCGGGAAUGCCGAGGCCAGCCGGAGACUUUCAUCUCGUGUGAAGAGCUGUGUGCUUGGAGCGCUGAUCGCGGCGACGACAGCUCUGGGAAAGAUGCCGGGCACCGCCUGGGAGGCAGCCGAGACCUAUGGUAGGCUGGACCUCGCAGAAGUGGCCUGCGUGUCCGACUCCAGGCUCACGCACGCGAUGAUCGAGCAAGGAGGCAAGGCCGAGAGAUUCAGCAACUGGAACGGGUAUGACUUUUCCACCAGGUCUGGUGCAGAGAAGCUCGUGAAGGUGCUGCGGGUCAAGAGGCCUCGAAGAGUUUGGUUUUCCCCACCGUGCGGAGCAGAGUGCCCAUGGCAGAAUCUGAACCCCGUAACGGCGGAGUCAGAGAAGAAGCUGAUCAAGACCAGACGUAUCCAGAGGAACGUCAAAUGGGCUAUCGGUCAGCUGCUGAACGAGGGUUUCUGUGACAUAUACCUUGAGCAGUCAGGACGCUGCAGGUCUUGGACAGGCAACUUCAAGGAGCUCAAGGAGUCCAUGCACGGCUGCAGGAUUCACGGGUGCAUGUAUGAUAUGAGAGACGAGCAGAACGGUCUCCUCAUACGCAAGGACUGGCACAUCGCGACCACAGACCCGCAGUUCGAGAAGAAGGUUGGGAGGAUUUGUCCAGACCUACAUCUGCAUAUGCCGCUGGAGGGCGGCACGAGAGUGGCUCUUUCAGCGAAUUAUCCCGUGAACAUGUGCAGGAGGAUCGCCCAGCACUUCAUGACCAGGGCCACCUCGGACGAGGCCCUCGCCUAUCUGGUGCAGGCCCACAACGAGCUGGACGACGAACUGUGUGCAGCGGGCUACAGGCGAUUGCGGCUCCUGAAGGUCAAGGAGAAAGAGCAGACGGACCAGUACCAGCUCCUGAUCCUGACGACCCUGGAGAUGCUCAAGGUCCUCCAGAAGGCGAGAUCUCGCAAGGCGGACCAGAAGCUCAUUGAUCUUUGCAGCCACUACGAGUGUCCAGCCUGUAAGGGUGUCGAGGAGCAUUGUGGCAACACCACCGCGAAGGAGAUGCAGGAGGUAGUGCUGAAGGACUGGAUCCACCACUACGGCAAGCCGGAGGUCUUCAGGACAGAUCCCGAAGGUUGCUUCAGGCAGGUCGAGCAGCGCGCCUGGGUCUCGGGUAACGGCAUGGAGUGGAGACCAGAACCCGGAGAAGCUCACUGGCGAAUGGGAGUGAUCGAAAGAUGCAUCGAGACGAUCAAGGAGAUCGCCACUCGCCUCGCCUGGGAGCUACCAGAUGACACCGAGCCCGCGGACAUCUUUCGCUGGGCUUGCGUGGCUAACAACGACCUGAUGCGACGCCAAGGCUACAGCCCGAUGAUGCUCAUGAUGGGCCGUACCCCGUCGGGGCAGGGCUUAGAGCAAGUGGAGAAUCCUUCAGUCCUGAGCGCCAAUGUGGUGGACAAGCAUUUCCAGGAGGUCACGCGCAUCAAGGCGGCGGCUUACAAGGCGUGCGUGGACCACUACCUGUCGGAGAAGACGAAGCGCGCUCUGCUGGCCAAGACGAGGCCGUUCAAGACAUGGGAGCCUGGUGAGAAGGCACACUACUGGCGAGGUGCGAAAGGUAACAGCCACAAGACUCGGCCAGGUAUAGCUGGUCGAUUUCGCGGUCCCGCCACUGUCUUGAUGCAGGAGCGCGAGAUGAAGAAUGGAGUUGCGGUGCGACGAGGAGUUGUCUGGCUUGUUGACGGUGAUCGUCUUGUACGAGCAGCGGCCGCUCACCUCCGCACGACUACGAAAGCGGAGCAGACCCUGGAGAGCAUCUCCGCAGGGAGCUCCGACCACUUCAAGAAGAUUCUGCAGGAGUUGACGAAGGGUGCUUACGAUGAUGUGGUGGAUCAGCCUGGUCCGGGAGAAUGGGGCGAUAUUCCAGAAGGAUACUUGAGCCAUAUGUGCCAGAAAGUACCGACACUUGUCAUGCCCGAGCUCGGUCGUGCCGAUCCCGAGUCUGAGAGCAGUGCGAGUUGGACCUCACCCUGGGAGUAUGAUCAGAAGACGAAGGCUUCCGACCUGGUGGGCUUCGUGGGCGAGGACGAGCCGAACCUCGCGAUCAUGAUCGGUUUCGCGCUGGAGGAGUCGGAUGUGGAUCAACUCAGCCGGAGGCCUGACAAGGCCCUCGCUGCGAUGGUCAAACAGAACAAGGUCGAGGUGAAGCUCAAGAACCUCACGGCAGAGGACCGUGAGAAGCUCCCGAUCGCGAAGGGUAACGAGAUCAAGUCGUUCCUCAAGUAUCGAGUUUGCGAGGCGGCCAGUCGUGCUGGAGUACACCCAGGUGCUCUGAUGAAGAUGAGAUGGGUCAUUACAAGGAAGGAGACUGGCGACCUCAAGGCUCGGUUGGUGGUUCUUGGCUUUACCGAUCCGGGUCUGGCCGUAGCCCACGUGGACGACUUCAUGAUUGCGAUUGACCAGCACUCGGACUUUGCAGUGGACGCCCUGCAGCAGCUCCAUCAAGCCUAUGAGUGGGGAAGCUGGGAGACCCAGGAUUUUGUUCAAUGUGGGACGCGGAUCCGACAAGAAUAUGAUGGACGCACAAAGUCGUGGGGCCGUAUUCAUCUGACCAUGAUUGACUACGCCCAGGAGCUCAUGGAGAUAGAUAUUCCCGCACAUCGACGUCGCGAUCCCGAGCAGCCGGUGACAUCGUCAGAAGCUACCCGCCUGCGAGCUGCCUUUGGUCAGCUCAUGUGGUUGGCUACGCAGGGCGUGCCCCUCAUCGGGGCAGAACUGUCACUGCUGCUGGCAUACAGUAACUCCACAACAGUGAAUACUCUCCUGCAGGCCAACAAGCUCAUCAGGCGCACCAAGUUCGAGGCGACCAAGGAGCUCAUCAUGGAGAAGCAUGCGAAUCCGUGUGUGGUCGGCUAUUCGGACGCAGCCUGGAAUGUUCGACGGGAUGGUUCUUCACAAGGUGGUUUCUUGAUUUUUCUGACAGAUUAUACCUUGAUGCAGAACCGAGAGGCGCCGAUCUCUCUGCUGGCCUGGGCAUCUGCAAAGUUGCCGAGGGUGUGUCGGAGCUCGAGUGCGGCCGAAGUACAGGCCGCCAGUGAAGCUCAAGAGGAACUGGAGUUCUGCAGGCUGCUGCUGAGCGAGAUCCUGUUGGGACCAGCGCCUCUGAAGCAGUGGACUUCGAGCUGUGCGAAGAUUCCUGGUGCCCUGGUCCUGGACUGCCGCGGCGUGUUCGAUGCCCUGGAUCGGUCAGAGAGCAGCGCCCUCGGCAUGAAAGACAAGAGGAGCGCGCUGGAGGCCCUGGCCCUCAAGCGCGGCAUGGCCGCCACGUCGACAUCCCUGCGGUGGUGUCACAGCGGUGCGCAGCUGAGCGAUUGUAUGACCAAGAACUCGGAGAAGGCUCGUGCCAGCUACAACCUGUGGCUACAGCGAGGUACAUGGAAGCUGAUAUACGAUGCUAACUUCAUCUCCGAGAAGCAGAGGAAACAACGAGGACUGCAGACACUAGACCAGGCUACAUAUUUUGCAGUCGAUGACGAUGAUGCCUGGCAGUUGUACCCAGAGGAUUUGGAGAUCGAGGAGGAGAUAGAUAUUCCCCAGGACUUCCGACUCCCGGAAGCGGUGAGCGUGAUGAGACAUGAUGCUACCUCUGUGCAGUAG